AUGGGGCGCAAAAUAGCAGGAUCUGCCCCAGCAGCCAAAGCCUCGACUCAGCCUUCAUCAGCAGGGCCCAAGAAAGGCAUGUCUGCUGUGUUCCAGGAAAUUAGUUCUGGAAAGCCGGUUACUGCUGGUUUGAGGAAAGUCACUGAUGAUAUGAAGACCAAGAACCGUGCAGAGCGAUCUGGCGUAGUAACUGUGUCUGAGAAGGAAAGCCGUACUACUUCACCUGCUUUGUCUAAGAUGGGUCCACCGCAAUUGGAGCUUCAAAUGGGUCGUAAAUGGGUGGUUGAGAAUCAAAUUGGCCGAAACAAUUUAGUUAUUGAUGAUUGUGAUGCGAAACAGUCGGUCUAUAUCUAUGGAUGCAAAAAUUCAGUUCUCCGGAUUCAAGGUAUGUGUAGGCUUAUUUCGAGUCAAAUUCUCUUAAAGGGAGCUGUUGUUGUGGCAGCUUGCGAGAUUGUCAAUUCCAGUGGCGUGGAAGUGCAAUGUCAGGGCUCUGCUCCUACUACUUCGAUAGACAACACAUCAGGCUGCCAACUGUACUUGAGCAAAGAUGCCUUGAAGGCUUCUAUUACGACAGCAAAAUCGAGUGAAAUCAAUGUAUUGGUACCUGGUUCCGAACCGAAUGAUGAUUGGGUCGAGCAAGCUUUGCCACAACAAUAUGUCCAUGUAUACAAGGUUGGCCAAUUCGUGACAAGCCCGGUGUCUCACUCGGGCGCCUAG